UUAUGAGGAGAAGCCGCACUAUUGUCAAAUUUAGUCCAGAUUGCCGACCCACGACGAAGACAUGACUAGUGUAACACUUUAUAGUUUUGCUCUCAUCUGCAUAGCAAGUUUAUCAACGUGUCAAAAUGUUUCUUUGACCAGUUCUGAAACAAAGGAACGUUUAAAUGGGACUGAUAUACCUAAUAACAUUACCACAUUGGCUCCUGUGUUAGCGACCACUCAAAGCGUGAAGACAACAGAUGCGCCAACAACCGUAGCAAAUGAUGAAACAAAAACGGCAGUGACACAUGAGUCUAAAAAACUAGCAAAUGCGACUACUCGUGCAAAUAGCCAAUCUACUACACAUCCUCCGACAACAACGACGACUGCAAAGACCACAACCACGACUACGAAGUCUCCUACAACAACUGCCAAUAAGUCAUCUAAAGGGAACUUCAACACUGAGGACUUGAAUGACAAAAUCGACAAAAACGUGGAAAGGAGAGUGUGGUACAAACCCGAGGAGAGCGAGCCGCCUGAGUUAGCAUGCCCUCCGCUUGGGCUGGAGUCUCUGAGGGUGAAGGACGCCCAGCUGCAGUCGUCCACGUACCAGCGCAGAGGGCUGGGGCCUCAUCGAGGCAGACUCAACAUCCAGUCUGGCGUUGAGGAUGGAGACAUCUAUGACGGGGCGUGGUGCUCGUCCUAUGAGGACCAGAAGCAGUGGCUGCAGGUGGACGCCCGCAGGCAGACCAACUUCACGGGGGUCAUACUGCAAGGUCGCGCCUCCAUCUGGAGCUGGGACUUUGUGACUUCCUAUAAGGUCCAGGUCAGCAAUGACACCAUCAAUUGGAAGCCAUGCAUGAAUGGAACAGAGGAGGCCGUGUUUGAGGGAAACCAGGACACAUUUACCCCAGUGCUAGGAGCGUUUCCUGUUCCCGUGGUGGCUCGCUACCUCCGCAUCAACCCACAGACCUGGUACGAGAACGGCACCAUAUGUCUCAGGGCUGAAGUAUUGGGAUGUGCAAUUCCAGACCCAAAUAACAUCUACCCGUGGCAGCAGGAGGAUGAGGGCUCCAGGGACAAGCUGGACUUCAGACAUCACAACUACAAAGAGAUGAGGAAGGUCAUGAGGGCCGUGCACGAGUCGUGUCCCGACAUCACCCGCAUCUACAGCAUUGGCAAGAGCUACCUGGGCCUCAAGCUCUACGUCAUGGAGAUCUCUGACAACCCCGGCAAACACGAGCUAGGUGAGCCGGAGUUCCGCUACGUGGCCGGUAUGCAUGGCAACGAGGUGGUGGGCCGGGAGCUGAUGCUGAACCUGAUGCAGUACAUGUGUCAGCAGUACAAAGAGGGAAACCAGCGCAUCGUCAAGCUGAUCAAAGACACGCGCAUACACCUGCUACCCUCCAUGAACCCAGAUGGCUACGAAAUGGCCUACAAGAAGGGCUCUGAGUUGUCUGGCUGGGCACUGGGUCGCUAUAGCUACGAGGGCAUUGACAUGAACCACAACUUUGCCGAUCUCAACACGAUCAUGUGGGAUGCCAUCGAGCUGGAGACAGACAAGUCCAAACUCAUCAACCACUACUUCCCCAUCCCAGAGAAGUACACAUCAGAGGAGGCCUUUGUGGCGUCCGAAACUCGUGCAGUCAUUAACUGGAUGCAGAACAUCCCCUUCGUCCUGAGCGCCAACCUGCACGGCGGGGAACUGGUGGUCACCUACCCGUACGACAUGACCAAAGACUGGGCCCCGCGCGAGCACACCCCCACGGCCGACGAGAGCUUCUUCCGCUGGCUCGCCACGGUCUACGCCAGCACCAACCACGUGAUGUCCAAUCCCGACCGGCGGCCAUGUCACAACGAGGACUUCCUGCGCUACAACAACAUCAUCAACGGAGCCAACUGGCACACCGUCCCAGGAAGCAUGAAUGACUUCAGCUACUUGCACACCAACUGCUUUGAGAUAACGGUGGAGCUGUCAUGUGAUAAGUUCCCUCAUGCCAGUGAACUUCCCCGGGAGUGGGAGAAUAACAAAGAGUCUCUUCUCGUCUACAUGGAACAGGUACACAGAGGUCUGAAAGGAGUGGUAAGGGACAAAGACACAGAAGCUGGCAUACCGGAUGCAGUUAUUCAAGUAGAUGACAUCGACCACCACAUCAGAUCAGCACCUGACGGAGAUUACUGGCGCCUGCUGAACCCCGGCGACUAUGACGUCACUGUCACCGCCGAGGGCUAUUUACCAUCCAAGCGCUCCUGCCGGGUGGAGUACGACCACUUCCCCACCAUCUGCGACUUCCGCCUCACCAAAACGCCCAAGCAGCGACUGAGGGAGAUCCUGGCGAAGGGCGGCAAGAUCCCCAAAGACCUGAUGCUGAGAUUACGCCACAUACGUCAGCGCAAGCUACGUGCCACCACCAAAGCCCUCAACCGCCAACGGGAGUCGCAGCGCAGGGCCAGGCAGACUCGACAGACUUGGCAACGCCGUCACUAGGCAACCAAUGUGACCUCUGACCUCAACUGUGGGGUCAGUCAAAGUAAAAAGGGACUAUGAUUUGAUCUGGUGCAAAGACCAUUACCAAUCGAUUCACUGGUGCGCUUUUUAAAAGGAAGUAAAUGUAAGUCAGUGCGUAUAGAGGUGAUUUUAGUCUUCUUCUCAGGGUUGAACAGAAAUAUUGGAAUAAUAUUUGUUUUGCUUUUUGUGAGAGGAUUUUUUUUGCAAUGGUCCAACACAUGUUGAUAAUUUGUUAUUCAGAAUAAAAUACUAAAGUACUUGCCCCUACCUACAAAAAACAGGUGUCCACCACCACAACCAUGUGAAAAAAAUGUGAUUGAUGAGUAGCUCAUGUUGCUGGCAAAUGGGGAAACAAUGGUAAACAACACAGCUUUUUAAAAAAGUCAGUCUGGAACUGACAUUGUAUAAUCUUUAAUAAAGUGAGAAAAAACUCAAU